AUGACGUGUGGGAAGCUCUUUGUUCAAUCGUGCAACUUGCUGUGGUUUCCAAGCACCGUCUAUCUAUUGUGUGCCGCGCGGCCGGAAAUUGCGGGCAUGAAGCACUCGACAACUUUCAAUCUUGUGAUCCAGCGCCCGCGCAUUGCUGGUGGAACUUUGAUCAUCCCGCUCGACUCGACCGUAACCCUCGCUGAAGCGUUCAGCAACGACACAGACCGUCACGUCCUUCGUCUCCAGUACGGAUCAAACGGCAAGCAUCUCAACAUGCGGUCGUCGAGCUCGCAGGAGCAUCAGCGAUGGUUGAUCGCCAUCACUGCUGCGAUGUCGCCACCCUUUCACCCUGACAACGGAGCUACUUCCAGUACUGGAAGUGUGCCGAAACGGACCAUCCGCUCCCGAAUGACUAAGCGCACGAAGAAAGCGCAGUCAGCUUCCCAGUCUACUCCAAGACAGCGUGGUUGUUCGAUUCGACGCGUGAUACGACAGAACGUCCCAGCAGCCAUGCAGGUCUUCCUCACUUUCGGCCAGAUCAUUGCAUCUGCGGCUAAGUAA